AUGUCUAAUGACUUUGCAGCCCCCUCUGCCAUCCAGGGGCGCUGUAUUGGUGAUUACGUUCUCCGGAACCCCAUUGGCCAGGGAGCCCGUGCCAAGGUGCCGUUGGCCUGGCACGUGCUGACCGGGACAGAGGCGGUUGGAAAAGCCAUUAGUCUGAAGGGCUUCCCUAGAUAUCAUCGAGAAGUCUAUUGUCUUCAGAGCUUAAAUCACCCAAAUAUCACUGAACUAUUUGAGGUGAUUGCCACCCCAGACAAACUUUACCUGAUUAUGGAGCACGUGAGGGAAGGGGACCUGCGUGAACACCUGGAGAACCACGGCCCCCUGAGCGAGCGCCAAGCCCGCGCCGCGUUCCGGCAGGUGGUGUCGGCGCUCCGGUACUGCCACCAGCGGGGCAUCGCCCACCGGGACCUGAAGCCGGACAACAUCCUGCUGGAUGAGGCCCGGACCGUCAGGCUGGCCGACUUCGGGUUCAGUCGGAGGGUGAGUGACGACUGCAAACUGAGCACCUUCUGCGGCACCUUCCACUACAUGGCCCCGGAGCUGCUGCAGCGGGAGCCGUACGACGGCCGGAGAGCGGACGUCUGGAGCCUGGGGGUGACCCUGUACAGGACCCUGACCGGGACGGUGCCCUUCCACGCGGACAGCUUCGCCAAGAUGAGGGACCAGGUCCUGGCCGGGCAGUUCGAGGUCCCCCCCUUCAUGACAAGAAAAGGUUCAAAUUUCCUAAAAACGUUACUGACUGUCGAUCCCAGCCAGAGAUCGACCCUGGAAGAGGUCAUGCAGCACCCCUGGCUCACCGUGGGUCAGGAGGAGGAGCUGCGGCCCUACAGCGAGCCGCUCAGCCAUCGGAUGGGGGGGCUGAAGAGCCUUCCAUGCCCCACAUUGCCUGUGGUUGAAGGUGACCACUCCCCCACCCAGCCUGGAAACCAUGAUCACCCCUCCCCCAUUGGAGUCCAUGGGGUUCAGAACAGGUACCCCCAGCCCAGACCUGCAGCUCGGCCCUGGCGGCUCCCCCACCACCCACAGCAGCAGCAGCAGCAGCAGCACCAUCAUCAGGGGUGGAGCCCCAGAGGGAGCCGCCCGUGA